CUCGUCCCAUUUUUCUUUUGCUUGCCAUGCAACCGCCAUGAUCAAGGUACUGAGAAGGUAAGGUGGUCGCAAGCAACGAACGCCGAUUCCCGUCGCGGGCGAGCCUGUUGGCGACGAGCCAAACGCCCUCUUUCCCCCACUCAGCGAAUUCCGCGUCGUCAAGAACAUGUACGACAAAGACACCAGCGCCGCAUGGCUCUGCUUGCCACGCAACCUGGACACCACGCCGGGAUUUGAAGACGAAGAAGCCCAGGAAGAGCCCCCGGCCCACCUAUUCAGACCAGACUCAAGCGCGGAUAUACCCAGGCAUGACGCCAACGUUGGUGAAAAGCUCCACCGCAAAGCCCGCGCGCAACUUGUGGUAGUCAGGAUGUACAAAUCGCUCGAUGCGCUCCGCAACGAAAUGGAAACGCUCAACAUGAUGCAUGACUUCAAACGUAGCGGGGACUUCAUCGGUCCCUUGGGCCUUCGCGCAUGCUACAGUAUACCAACGGCCAGCUGGCUCUGCCUGCGCCCAAUCUUUGGUAAGAGCUUGGAAGCAUUUGGACAAGCCUGCCUCGACACGAAUCGCAUACCCACGUACUUCGUGUGGCAUAUCUUUAUACGUCUGUUAUCGGCGGUGGAAUUCGUACAUGCAGCUGGGAUCGCGCAUGGAGACUUGAGCAGCGCCAAUGUGAUGCUUAGGUGCUCGCUGCCGGACAGUCCGGAGCGCGAGUGGCCUGAUGUCGUGUUGACUGGGUUCGAGGUCGAGGUCGACAUGGAUCUCUAUGAGGAUGAAAGGCGCGAGGAUGUGAAGCGCAUGGCGGGCAUCCUCUACACCGACGUCAUCAGUCAGUGGAGUGACUCUGCGAUGCUGAUGAGCUUCAUCGAUCUCACUUUUCCACAGGCGGAUCCGCUCAUGCAGUUUGCCGCUGAGCUCAAGGCCCUGGUGGAUGCGCGCUUGGAUCAAUAUGUUGAUCUCGAAGAUUUUGACGAGUGGAAGUCUGUCGCGAUCAGCGAGAGAGCGAGGGGACCAGGGUACUGUCCUGCUUGGAUCAAGACUGCCGCGUAUGACGUCCUGGUGACGGAGAAAGAGUUGGGGAAGGCCAUGGGUCCGCCGUUGGUGCUGAGGUUCGGACCGGGCUCAGAGAAGUUCAAGCGAUGGGUUAGGGCGAGGAGGACGCCUGUUGCCCUGCCGAGGACACCGACGAGGGGUCCGGCUCGAUUCGGGCUUUUGGUGAUCAAGUUCAAGAUCCGGAAGGGAGAAUUCGCCAACCUGGCUGGAACAGGACAAUAAUGAGGGGAAAGCAAAGAGAAGUGAAAAUGUUCAAGUCGAGCGGCGUUUGACCGUCCCGAUCUGCAGUAGUUGUACAGCAGAAACCA